AUGAAGUUUUCAACGGUGCUAGCAAUUGCCGUCGCUUUAAGUACCACUGCGGCCGUCCCAGUGACUCAGAAGGUGUUUGACAUCGAUGCCAAUGUCGAUGCUAUGCAAUUGUUCGAGAAACCCGAGGUCGACUCCGAACAAUUACAGCUGUUAAUUACCGACGAAGCCAUCAGUCUCCACGCCGAAAAGCUUUAUAACAUCUCCAAGAAGUCAAUUAAGCAGUAUGGUCACCCUACCCGUGUCAUUGGCUCGAAGGGACAUUGGAAAACUAUUGCGUAUAUCUUGUCUGAGCUCAAAAAAUUGAAGGGGUUUUAUCAUGUUUCGACGCAAAAGUUCCCAGCUCUUUUCGGCAAAAUUAACGACUACUCCCUUUUGAUUGACGGAAUUAGUGCCAAAAGUGUCAAGGCGUUUGAUCUUACACCUCCAACUCGAGCAGAAAAGCCUGUUCACGGUAAGUUGAUUGUUGUGGCCAACUACGGAUGUUUUGCCCUGGACUUCCCUGCUGCUUCGGCCGACAACAUUGUGAUAAUCAAGAGAGGUGAAUGUGCUUUCGGAACCAAGUCAAUUAACGCUGGAAAUGCUGGUGCGUUGGGCGCAAUCAUCUAUGAUCCUAGUCCACUUGCCGGUACGUUGGGAGACCAUACGGGCAACGAGGUGGCUACGGUUUCCAUUACCGAGAAAGAAGCCAAGCCUUAUCUUGAAAAGUUGGAAGCUGAUCCAGAGGCAGAGAUCGAAGUGACUUUGUACGUUGACGCCAAAGUGGAAAUCGUUCACACAUUGAACGUUGUAGCAGAAACAGUUGAUGGUGACCACGAUAAUGUGGUGGCAUUGGGAGCACACUCAGACUCUGUGGGAGCUGGACCUGGGAUCAAUGACGACGGUUCAGGAACCAUUUCUUUACUUGAAGUUGCGAAGCAAUUGACCAAGUUUAAGGUGAACAAUGCGGUUCGUUUUGCGUGGUGGGCCGCUGAAGAGGAAGGACUCAUUGGAUCCAAUUACUACGCUGCCAAUUUGUCGCCUGAAGAGAACCAAAAGUUGCGAGUGUUCAUGGACUACGACAUGAUGGCAUCCCCCAACUAUGAGCUCCAAGUGUACAAUGCCAACAACGAAGACCACCCUGCUGGAUCUGGCGACUUGAAGCAAUUGUACAUCGACUACUACGUGAGCCACGGCUUGAACUAUUCUUUGACACCUUUCGAUGGCAGAUCCGAUUAUGUUGGAUUUCUCGAGACCGGUAUACCAUCUGGUGGAAUUGCGACUGGAGCAGACGAGUACAAGACUCCAGAAGAACAAGCCAAGUACGGAGGAGAAGUGAAAAAAUGGCUUGAUCCAUGCUACCAUCAAGCAUGCGAUGACUUGUCGAAUCCAGACCAUGAAAUUUGGUUGUUGAACACCAGACUCAUUGCUCAUUCGGUAGCUACUUAUGCUAAGAGUUUCGAUGGGUUCCCAGAGAGGGUACCGCUCAACGAGACUGUAGCAGCAGCGAGCGUAGACAGAAUGCCUUACCGUGGCUCGCACCUUAUAAUUUGA